CGGUUUUCGCGGAUACGGUUUCAUGGAUAUAGUUGAAUAAUACGGUCGAACAUGUUUGUAAAGUAUCUCGAUGGUUUAAAAGGUUUCGAGACAUCCUCUGAGAUUGGGUUCUCUCAAUAUCUUCCGCGACAGAACAACCUCAAUCUCAGCGACAAGAGAAAUAACACAAUUACAAAGCAUAUUACCACAAGAUAUAUCGACUUCUUGUAACAUUCUCUAUUUAGCACUUGCUUAUUCUAGAGCUGUCUGGUUCAUGUCGGGCACGACUUUGCGCAUCGACACAGAUACCGGCAGGAUAUUUAAAUAUCCAUCGUUCGAUCGCUGAAGCCAGACCGAAUAUCUCAAGAGCUGCAUAUCCAUGAAAAUCAAUUUAGUUACACUUAUAAUCUACAACCAGUAGUGUUACUAUACACCAUGCCUAGCAAAGCACCUCCUAAAUCUGGAAGAACUGGGCAGAACAAGACAACAAAACUAACACGCGCGCCAGCACGUUUCGCGAGAAUCUAUCAGUUGGCACAAGCGCGGUUCGACGAACUAAGAGCUACUGAUCAAAGCCUCGAAUUUCUAGAGUGGCAAUUGAGAAAUGAGUUAAAAACUCACACGAACAUUCGCUGCAACGCUGCACAAAUAUGUAAAGGCGUAUUGAGUCGCAUUCGACAAGCUCGAGAAAAUGAGCUUGCACCGGGGACUGCUCCCGUCUCCGCCCCGAAGCGAUCAAAUUUGCCCGAUGAUGCGCCUCCGGUGAAGCCGUGGGUACCGAAAAAGAUUGUUGUGUUGAAGAUUAAAGAUGGUUGUUUCACACCGAAUGUCGUACCGAUUCCUGACACGCGUGUCGUGCAGCCGCUGUCGCAAGGGCCUGCCCACAUUUUAUGGACAAUCCAUAAGAGAAAUCACGGAUCGUGUGCGACACCGGUAGCUGGAAUACCUACAGUCAUAUCACCCACUACUUUAGAAUACGUGGGUACCGAUCUCACAUCAGAUCAAUCGUAUUAUAAUUUUUUGGCGCGGAAGGCUGGCGCGAAGAACAUUAUCGAGGCACGAAUCAAACGUGGAUUAGAGGACUUGAAUGAAGUUUUAGAGGAAGCUAUCAGGAGAGCACACUCGUUGGCGGAGAGCGAGGUUUCAAUAUUGGCUGGAAAGUUGGCUGAGCAGGACAGAGAUAACAAGAACUUGCAAGAAUAAAAGAAAGAGCGUGUUUAUUGGAGUAUCGAUCGAUGGCUUGCUUGGAGUUUGGUAGUCACUGGGUACUACAUGGGCGGGUGAAAAUCGAGAUACUUUUUUACGUGUUUCGGUGACGUCAGGGUGGUUUUUCGUAUACUGCGAUU